AUGCGCCGCGGGCCAAGCCCCUGCACCGCGGUCGCCGCGCUCGACCGCGCGCCUCGCGCGUCCAGGCCACGCACCUGGCCGCACCCCGUCCUCCCCGCUGCGGCUGCUGCUGCAGCACUGCGACUGCUGCCAUGGCAGCUCGCCUUCGGCCGUCCCGCACUGCUGCGCCACUCCGGCCCCCUCCCCGCUCAUGCCCAGCUCGCUCCCCUGCUCCACCACACCACCACCGCGCCGGCUUGCCUCGCUGCUGCUCCAGCCGUGCGCGCGCACGACGCUGCCCGUGCAUGUCGCCUCCCUGCUCCCCUGCUACCGCGGCCCCCGCCUCCCCAGCAUUUGCUCGACCCGCCGCUCGCUGCCUGUACCCCGUCGCCCCUACCUGUGUCGCUUGCCGGCCACGCCUGGCCUCACCGGGGCCGCGCCGUGGCCGCCUUCUUCCUUCCCCGGCGGUUGCGGCCGCUUGUUGCGGUGGCCGCCGGCGCACCGCCAGUCCCGCCCCUGGCCUGGGCAAUUCUGGAUCGAGAUCGAGCCCGGCUCCGCCCUCGCCGCUCGACGCCGUCGCCGGCCCCCACAUGCGCCGCCCCGUCGCCGUCCUCUCCAUCCUCGACCUCGUCCCCGCCGUCGCUGGAUCCCGCCGCAUCAACCUCCAUCGAGCACGCUGCCCUGGACCCUACUCCCCGCCGUGAGCCGCCGCCUUUUCCCUCCUCCUCCUCUCCCCGCGUCGGCCGCGUACUCGCCUUCCCCGGCUCGCCUCAUCACCGCACGCCCGAUGCCGUGCUCGCUCGCGGCCUCCCCGUGCUCAUCGCGCCCGACCCCGUGGCCACCACUACAGCCGGCGCCAGCCGCUGCGGCCUCGCGCGGCCCCGUUGCCUGCCCGCAGACCCUCCCUCUGCGCCCCGCGCGCACGCCGCCGCGCCGUCUAGCCGCGGCCCCCGAGCCUGCCUCUGCCACUGCUGCGGCUCUGCCGCCACCACCAUUGCAGCCCCACUGCUCGCCUUCCCCCCGCACGCCCCCACCGUGUUCGGCGCGCCCGCCACUGGUCACGCGCCCGCCGUUCCCCGCCUCUGCCUGCGCCCUUGCCGCGCCCCACCUCUUCCCGCUGACGCCGUGCGCCGCUGCCACUGCUGGCCACCGCCCCGCUCGCUCUUGCCGCUUGCUCGUGCGCCGCACGCACGCAUCGCCGCGGGCCAAGUCCCUGCACCGCGGUCGCCGUGCUCGACCGCGCGCCUCGCGCGUCCAGGCCACGCACCUGGCCGCACCCCGUCCUCCCCGCUGUGGCUGCUGCUGCAGCGCAGCGACUGCUGCCAUGGCAGCUCGCCCUCGGCCAUCCCGCACUGCCGCGCCACUUCGGCCCCCUCCCCGCUCAUGCCCAGCUCGUUCCCCUACUCCACCACACCACCACCGCGCCGGCUUGCCUCGCUGCUGGUUCAGCCGUGCGCGCGCGCACGACGCUGCCCAUGCACGUCGCCUCCCUGCUCCCUUGCUACCGUGGCCCCCGCCACCCCAGCAUUUGCUCAACCCGCCGCUCGCUGCCUGUACCCCGUCGCCCCUGCCUGUGUCGCUUUUGCCGGCCACGCCUGGCCUCACCGGGGCCGCGCCGUGGCCGCCCUCUUCCUUCCCCGGCGGUUGCGGCCGCUCGUUGCGGUGGCCGCGGGCGCACCGCCAGUCCCGCCGCUGGCCUGGGCAAUUCUGGAUCGAGAUCGAGCCCGGCUCCGCCCUCGCCGCUCGACGCCGUCGCCGGCCCCCACAUGCGCCGCCCCGUCGCCGUCCUCUCCAUCCUCGACCUCGUCCCCGCCGUCGCUGGAUCCCGCCGCAUCAACCUCCAUCGAGCACGCUGCCCUGGACCCUACUCCCCGCCGUGAGCCGCCGCCUUUUCCCUCCUCCUCCUCUCCCCGCGUCGGCCGCGUACUCGCCUUCCCCGGCUCGCCUCAUCACCGCACGCCCGAUGCCGUGCUCGCUCGCGGCCUCCCCGUGCUCAUCGCGCCCGACCCCGUGGCCACCACUACAGCCGGCGCCAGCCGCUGCGGCCUCGCGCGGCCCCGUUGCCUGCCCGCAGACCCUCCCUCUGCGCCCCGCGCGCACGCCGCCGCGCCGUCUAGCCGCGGCCCCCGAGCCUGCCUCUGCCACUGCUGCGGCUCUGCCGCCACCACCAUUGCAGCCCCACUGCUCGCCUUCCCCUCCGCACGCUCCCGCCGUGUUCGGCCGCGCCCGCCACUGGUCACGCGCCCGCCGUUCCCUGCCUCUGCCUGCGCCCUUGCCGCGCCCCACCUCUUCCCGCUGACGCCGUGCGCCGCUGCCUCUGCUGGCCACCGCCCCGCUCGCUCUUGCCGCUUGCUCGUGCGCCACACGCACGCAUCGCCGUGGGCCAAGCCCCUGCACCGCGGUCGCUGCGCUCGACCGCGCGCCUCGCGCGUCCAGGCCACGCACCUGGCCGCACCCCGUCCUCCCCGCUGCGGCUGCUGCUGCAGCGCUGCGACUGCUGCCAUGGCAGCUCGCCCUCGGCCGUCCCGCACUGCCACGCCACUCCGGCCCCCUCCCCGCUCAUGCCCAGCUCGCUCCCCUGCUCCACCACACCACCACCGCGCCGGCUUACCUCGCUGCUGCUCCAGCCGUGCGCGCACGACGCUGCCCGUGCACGUCGCCUCCCUGCUCCCCUGCUACCGCGGCCCCCGCCUCCCCAGCAUUUGCUCGACCCGCCGCUCGCUGCCUGUACCCCGUCGCCCCUGCCUGUGUCGCUUGCCGGCCACGCCUGGCCUCACCGGGGCCGCGCCGUGGCCGCCCUCUUCCUUCCCCGGCGGUUGCGGCCGCUCGUUGCGGUGGCCGCCGGCGCACCGCCAGUCCCGCCCCUGGCCUGGGCAAGUGGCCUAA